AUGGGGAGAGAACAGGAGGACAACCUCGACUUUGAAAGAUUCGUCGAAGUAGGCCGUGUAGUCCUCGUAAACUAUGGACCAGACGCCGGUAAAAUAGCAGUCAUCGUAGACAUUGUAGACCAUUCCAGGGUCAUGGUCGAUGGCCCAACUACUGGCCUCCCCCGUCAAGUUCUCUCAUUCAAACGCUUGACUCUGACUCCCAUCAAACUGGACAAGGUCCCCCGUGCUGCUGGCGAAACCGUCCUAAAGGCAAUUAUUGAAAAGCAAGACUUGGUUGGCAAAUGGAGCAACACUGCCUGGGCAAAGAGACUGGAAAAGAGGAAGGUGAGGGCUACCUUGUCCGACUUUGAUCGUUUCAAGGUCAUGUUGGCAAAAAAACAAAAACGAUCCAUCAUUGGCAAGGAGCUCGCAAAGGCCAAGAAGACUGCCUCUAAAAAGUAG